AUGGGCUUGUCCAUCUAUUCCAGGGCACUAGCUAAACAUGUCUUUCGGUCAAACUACCUCUUCCCUGAUGCUGAGAAAGUAUUAGAAGCUUUGCAUGCGAAAGACACCCUCCAAGGCACGCUUGUUCGGGCUGUGCUACUUCAAGUGUUGCCCGGUAUGCAAAAGAAGCGUCAAGGUACUCUUGCCAAAAUUGUUGUCGAUGAAGUGUGCGAGGUUGUGGCUGGCUUGAUGUCGGGCGACCUCCAAAAGAAGUUCAGAGGGCGCCUUGGGCAACUUACAAUCACGCUGUGCGGCAAUUGGGAGGCUGUACAAAGGGUUCACGAAAGAAUUCGGCCUUCCUUUGCCUUAUCGGAAGAUGAUUGGAAAGUAUUACCGGUUUGGUCAGAUUCAGCUCCAACACCCAAUGGUGCCACAUUGCGAUCCAGAGAGGAUAAGGAUGGUCAGUCAGGAUACGGGGAUCCAAAUCUGUCAACCAUUUCAACGGACGAUAUAGCCAGGGUUGUGUGGCCAGCUUUCCUCGCUACAGACGAAGAAGGAACAUCGGAACUAAUCUCUUUCGGGUAUGUGAUAUCACGUGACGACGUCCAGAAGGCCGCGAACGAGGACAUGCCGAAGAGGGCCAUGCGGAAAGCAACACGCGACGGCAACCCCGGAGGGGAGAGAAGGCGACGAGAUUCGGCUGUUUUUGUUUCCCAUGGACCUUCUAAUUUAUCAACCAUCGAAUAA